GAUUAUGCUGACACAGAAUUAUUACUCUCACGGGAGAAUGUGGACCAGGAGGCUCUGCUAAAUUAUGCCAGAGAAGCAGCUGACUUCUCCACUAAUCAGCAGCUGCCAUCGCUGGAUUUUGCCAUCAAUCACUAUGGGCAGCCAGAUGUGGCCAUGUUUGACUUCACGUGCAUGUAUGCAUCAGAGAACGCAGCCCUGGUGCGAGAGCAGAAUGGCCACCAGUUACUUGUGGCACUGGUUGGGGACAGUCUCUUAGAGCCAUUUUGGCCAAUGGGAACUGGAAUAGCCAGGGGAUUUUUGGCUGCAAUGGACUCUGCUUGGAUGGUACGAAGUUGGUCUCUCGGAGCUAGUCCUUUGGAAGUUCUUGCAGAGAGGGAAAGCAUUUAUAGGCUACUGCCUCAGACCACCCCUGAGAAUGUGAGUAAAAACUUCAGCCAUUACAGCAUUGAUCCUGCCACCCGGUAUCCCAAUAUCAACGUCAACUUUUUGCGGCCACAGCAGGUACGCCACUUGUAUAAUACAGGAGACUUGAAAGAUAUUCACCUGGAAAUAGAGAACUUUGUGAACUCUAGGACACCAAAGCUGACCCGGAAUGAGUCUGUAGCUCGCUCUAGUAAAUUGCUCAAUUGGUGCCAGAGGCAGACGGAUGGAUAUGCUGGUGUAAAUGUGACAGAUCUCACAAUGUCAUGGAAAAGUGGCCUAGCUUUGUGUGCAAUUAUCCACAGAUACCGUCCAGACUUAAUAGACUUUGAUUCUUUGGACGAGCACAAUGUGGAGAAGAAUAACCAGAUGGCCUUUGACAUUGCUGAAAAAGAGUUUGGAAUAUCUCCCAUUAUGACUGGAAAGGAAAUGGCAUCUGUCGGAGAGCCAGAUAAACUGUCGAUGGUGAUGUACCUCACACAGUUCUAUGAGAUGUUCAAAGACACCAUCCCCUCUAGCGAUAGUCUGGACCUGAAUGCAGAAGAAAAAGCUGCCCUAAUUGCCAGUACCAAAUCGCCUAUCUCUUUUCUCAGUAAACUGGGACAAAGCAUCUCUCGGAAACGCACUCCGAAGGACAAAAAAGAAAAGGAACUGGAUGGUGCAGGAAAGAGGAGAAAAACCAGUCAAUCUGAGGAUGAGGACAUCCCACGAAGCUACAGAGAAGAAAGGCCCACACUGGUGAGUGCCCUGACAGAGAGAAGAAUUGAUGCUGCCAUUGGGAAUCAGAACAAAGUCAAGUCUAUGGCAACCCAGCUACUGGCCAAGUUUGAGGAGAAUGCACCAGUGCAAUCCUCAAGCUUACGAAGACAGAUGAGAAGUAAGGAACGUUCUCGGACCUGCCCCAAAAAAGUGAUCAUGCUCUCUUCUUCCACUCCACCUCCCUCUCCACCGUAUCCCAGGCAGCAGAGAAACAGAGAACCUGGUGCUGACUAUCCCGGGGAGCAGAGUCCCAGACAGGAAAGGCCUGAGACUGAACCGUCUCGCCGAUUCUUUGUUGACCAGUGGGAGCUCUCCCUUAGCCUCCGUUCUUCUAAUCGCCCUUCUUCACCUUCAUCUGACUCUCUUCGACAGAAGUAUAUAAAGAUGUACACAGGCGGAGUGAGCUCAUUGGCUGAGCAGAUAGCCAAUCAGCUUCAAAGGAAAGAGCAACCCAAAACCCUUCUAGACAAGAAGGAACUGGGCUCACUCAAAAAGGAGUUCCCCCAAAAUCUGGGAGGCAGUGAUGUCUGUUACUUCUGUCGCAAGCGAGUCUACGUGAUGGAAAGACUGAGUGCUGAAGGCAAGUUCUUCCACCGCAGUUGCUUCAAGUGCGAAUACUGUGCGACAACUCUGCGCUUGUCAUCUUAUGCAUAUGAUAUUGAAGAUGGUAAAUUCUACUGUAAGCCUCACUACUGUUACCGGCUCUCUGGUUAUGCUCAAAGGAAGAGGCCAGCAGUGGGUCCUCUCUCAGGAAAGGACACCAAAGGACCUCUGCAGGACACCAUGGCAAGUGAUGGGAGUGGACGGGCAAAUACCAUCUCCACCUCAGCAGAGAGGGCCCCAGGUAGCUCCACUUCCUUCUUUAGCAGGGUGGUGCAGUACUCUCUCGGCCUCUUUGACAGAGUUAGGGUGGCAAGCCAGCGCCUGCAAAGCACAGUUUCCUCGAUUGGGCACCAGGUAGCCCAGAACCCUUUGGACUCCUUUUUCAUGUGUCAGCUGAUGGCUUUUGGGGUUCCCUUUCUCUAUGUCCAGUCAGAAGUUCUUGUGCAGAUCCUAGGGGAAUUCUGUGGGCAGACUGCUGACCA